AUGGCUCUAGCCAAUCCAGUGGUUUGUGGCGACAACACGUUCGGACCUAGCGUCAAGUCCGUGGAUUGUCGUGGUGGUUUUGAUUUUACUAUUCUCUUCGAGGAGUGUAUUCUAGCCAUCCUUCCAGCCGCCAUCUUCGUCUUGUUGAGUCCAUUUCGAGCCCUUCGACUUGUGAGGCGGCGGAUCAGAGUCAAGCGCAAUGGUCUAUAUGUUGCCAAGCUGAUUACCAUUGGCAUUUACACCGGACUCCAACUGGCUUUGCUAGUACUGGCAACCACUGCCACAGUCCGCAAUCAAGUGUUGGUUGCGUCCUCUGCGCUCUCGCUCACCUCGGGGCUUGUCUUGGCUGCCCUCUCCCAUCUGGAGCAUGCUAAGACCAUCCGUCCGUCCUUUUUGAUUAGCUUUUACCUAAUCAUCACGGUCAUUUUGGAUGCCGUCCGAGUCCGAACACAAUGGUUAGCGAGGCAAAACCAGGCUAUUGCCGACUCACUAACGGCUUCCCUGGCUAUCAAGCACUUCUCAAGAGAGAGCACAGCCGGCCUCAUUAGUCGAAGCUCCUUCUGGUGGCUCAACAGUCUGUUGGUAAGGGGUUCCAAGACCGUACUGACCACGGAAGACCUCCCGACCAUCCAUGAAAAGCUUGACUCGGAAGGCCUAGCCCGCGAAUUACAGGCCGCCUGGGAUAAAUGGAACCAGACGAGAAAACAUGCUUUAGCUUGGGCUUGCACUUAUAGCCUGCGGUAUGAGGUUCUGGCCAUAGCAGUACCUAAAUUCUGUGUCGUAGCAUUGAGUUUGAGUCAAACAUAUCUCAUUCAAGCCGCCGUCCAAUAUGUCCAAGAUUCCGACGCUUCCAUUUCGAAAGGAUAUGGACUUAUUGGCGCCUUUGGUCUUGUUUAUUUCGGUGUAGCGAUCAUGACUGCCUGGUUUUCCCAUCUAACUUUCCGCCUUAUGUCGAUGAUGCGCGGCCAGCUCAUUUCUAUCAUCUACAGCAAGCUGUUAACUUUGGAGGUUACCAAUGUCAGCGGAUCAUCAGCCAUGACUCUUAUGGGAACCGACGUCCCAAGAAUAGCAGAAACAUUCUAUAUGUUACUAGUCAAUGUCGUACCAGACGUGGUCCAGCUCGGCAUUGCUAUCUACCUGCUCUACACUCAAAUAGGCGCAGGGACCGAAGGCAUGUCUGUCUCGCAAGCAAUCACUUCUCUGGCUGCUCUGAACCUGCUCGCAACCCCCCUGGCAAGUCUGCUUAGCUCCAUACCCGUCGGAUGGGCUGCCCUCGGCUGUUUCGAUCGCAUUCAAAAAUUUUUGGCAGAACAGUCUCGUGAGGACUAUAGGAAGAAUUCUGCCCGUUCAUUUGCCGAGAGUUCGGACUCUACGCCGUCUUCUAGUGCUUUCGAGCUGCAAUCGAGGAGUGCGUCUCACCCCGAGAGUGGUAUCGUCGUUCAAAGUGGUACUUUCGGGUGGUCUGAUUCGAAUCCGAAUAUUGUGAAGGAUGUCUCGACCGGGAUAGGAUCCGACGCGAAACUGGUCAUCCUUGUCGGCCCCGUAGGUUGUGGCAAGUCUACCUUGCUGAAGGCAUUGCUUGGAGAGACUCCAAGUCAAGAAGGCACCAUAUCUAUUACCUUCGCAGAAAUCGCCUACUGCGACCAAACACCGUGGAUCAUCAAUGGUUCUAUUCGAGACAACAUCAUAGUAGACGCAGAAUUCGACCAAGCCUGGUACCGUACGGUGGUCCAGGCAUUUACGGAGGAGACUGUGUUCAGGCGUGUCUUCAGCCGCGACGGACUCUUCCAGAAGAUUGGUACUCAGGUGAUCCUCGCGACGCAUUCUGUCAAGAGACUCCCUCAAGCAGACUUAAUCCUGGCUCUCAAUGCUGCUGGUCAGAUCGUUCAACAGGGCAGUUUCUCUGAGCUUAACGUUGCCGGCACCUAUAUUCACAGCCUACAGGUUAACCUUGGAAAGGAGUCCGACGAUCGAGACAAAGACGAAGAUUCUUUCGAGACCGAGUUAAAACACAAACAAAAACCGGCUAUCUCAAAGCCCGAUGACCUGAGUCGGAAAACUGGCGACAUGACGAUUUACAAGUAUUAUGCUCGUGCCUUAGGGCCGCUAGCACUGAUUUUCUUCGUGUCCAUCAUUGCAGUCUAUGAAGUUUUCAACGCCCUAGGAAACGUCUGGGUUAACUGGUGGGCUUCGAGCAACGAAAGGGGCGAAGAGCCUCGACUAGGUUACUGGAUGGGAAUGUUUGGUUUCAUCAGUUUCAUGGACGCCUUCCUCAUGGCUGCUGCGAUCGCCUUUCUCGCGCCCCUAUCCUACUUCGCCAAGACAGAAACAGGAAUUUUAGUAAACCGUCAGGACCUGAGACUCGCAGACAUGCAACUACCAGGAAGCAUCAUUAACUGCGCUUUUCAGCUGGGGACCUGCCUAGUGGUGGCAUCGUUGUCCAUUACCGCUGUCGGAUACUUCGCCGGUGUUCUGCCAGUAGUUAUGAUAGCACUUUAUUUCAUCCAGAAGUUCUACCUUCUCACAUCCCGACAGCUACGAUUGCUAGAGCUAGAAACAAAUGCCCCCUUAUACUCGCACUUCAUAGAAUCAUUCAGUGGAUUGAUCACAAUACGAUCCUUCGGCUGGACGCAGGCAUACACGGCGAAGAAUCGACGCCUCUUAGACACCUCGCAGAAGCCCUAUUAUUUGCUCCUCUGCAUCCAGCGAUGGCUUGUACUAGUAUUAGACCUUGUUGUUUGCGGCCUCGCAGUGGUCCUCGUUGGGAUGGCCGUGGCUUUCCGACACAAAAUUGACCCUGGUUUUAUCGGUAUCGCCUUGGUCAACAUGAUGACCCUGUCUCACGCCCUCACGAACCUAGUACAGUUCUGGACGCUGCUCGAGACAUCGCUCGGGGCAAUUGCCAGGAUCAAAGACUUUUCGGAGAACACGCCGGUUGAAAACAAGCCCGGCGAGAUUGAAGACAUGGAGGCUAGUUGGCCAUGUAGAGGUUCUCUCGAGUUUGAGGGUGUAUUGGCCAGUUAUGGCGACGAGUCUGCGCCGGUUCUGAGAGAUGUCAGCUUUGCGCUCAAAGCUGGCCAGAAGCUGGGAAUCGUAGGAAGGACAGGGAGUGGAAAGAGUUGCUCUACCCUGGCUAUUAUGCGGAUGAUCGACGUGUUGGCGGGCAAGAUCACACUCGAUGGCGUCGAUAUUGCCACGAUCCAGGGUUCCGUCGUGCGAGAAAGGAUCACCUGUCUAACGCAGGAUCCGUUCCUUUACCCUGCAAGUAUACGGGAGAAUGCGGACCCUCCUGGAAAAUCCUCAGAUGAAGAGAUUUCCGAGGCUAUGAAGAAGGUCGGCAUAUGGGACGUACUUCGUGACAAGGCUUCCGACAAAGCUACCCUGGCUUCAGUGCUCGACACCCCGAUGGACACCGAUUUCCUCUCACAUGGCCAACGCCAGCUAUUUUGCCUUGGGCGGGCUCUACUGAAAGGAGGGAAUGUUCUGAUAUUAGAUGAGCCCACGAGCAGUGUGGACUCCCAAACCGAUGCUCAGAUGCAAUCGAUAAUUCGCUCCGAGUUCAGCAAUCACACGAUCGUCAUGAUCGCUCAUAGGCUCUCUAGCCUACUUGAUUUUGACUUGGUAGCUGUUCUAGACCAUGGGCGUCUCGUUGAGCUGGGCAACCCUUCCGAGUUGUUGGAAGAUAGAAACAGUGGGUUCUCGAGGCUUUAUCAUGGGUCUACCUAG